CUUCGCAGCGCGAUUUGCGUUCACGAUCACCUGAGUAUUGGUGUAUUGGUUCGAGCUGUCUUCCACCUCGGCUGCGGAUUGCAAAGUCAGUCUCAGAAGUGCCUCAAGUGGAUUCGGGCGACAAAGACGCCCGCAAGAGUGGAAAUAAAAGAGUCAAGAGAAGUGCUGCUAUUUGUGAGUGAAGAUCCAGAGCUUUCGUGCAAUUUCCCAGAGAAAAAUCCCUUCCGCGUGCGCGAUCAAGAAACUCUUUUGAGCUCUCGCGCGAGAUGAUGGACGCCGAGGCUGAGGGCAUCCCGCCGGCCGGCGGGAGCAGGCAGGAGGACGACGGCUGGGCGGCCAGGCGGCGCCAGUUCAUGUCGCAGCCGUCCACAGUGGCCACGCGGCGCCUGCAGGCCGUGUGCGUGCGGCGCGCGUGCAAGAAUUACGGCCCCAAGAAGAACCCCAACGUGAUAUUGGACUCACUCAACAUGACAGUGCCCAAGGGAACCAUUUACGGCCUGCUGGGCGCCUCCGGCUGUGGGAAGACGACUCUCUUGUCCUGCCUCGUGGGGCGGCGGCGCCUGAACUCGGGCGAGCUGUGGGUGGUGGGCGGCCAUCCGGGCUCACGCGGGUCGGGCGUGCCGGGGCCGCGCGUGGCGUACAUGCCGCAGGAAUUGGCUCUCUACGGUGAAUUCACGCUGCGCGAGACGUUCACGUUCUUCGGCUGGGUGAACGGGAUGACGACGAAGGCCAUCGACGAGCGGAUGGACUUCCUGAUCAAGCUGCUGCAGCUGCCGCACCACUCCAGCUUCGUGAAGAACCUGAGCGGCGGCCAGCAGAGGCGCACCAGCCUGGCGGCCACGCUGCUGCACGACCCGGAGCUGCUGAUCCUGGACGAGCCCACGGUGGGCGUGGAUCCGCUGAUACGGCAGAACAUCUGGGACCAUCUGGUGGAGAUCACGCGCAUGGGACAAAAGACUGUGAUCAUUACGACGCACUACAUCGAGGAGACGCGCCAGGCGCACCUCAUCGGCCUGAUGCGCGGCGGCAAGCUGCUGGCCGAGGAGUCGCCGGACAAUCUGCUGCAGCAGUACAAUUGCCAGUCGCUGGAGGACGUGUUCCUCAAGCUCGCCGUGAUGCAGAACAUGGGCAAGCGGCGGCGCUCCUCCAUCGCGCAGGAGGUCGUGCAGCAGAUCCCACUGCCCGCCAUCACCAAUCCCGCCCUGGACAUCUCGGACGAGGACAAGUGCGAGAUCUCCGGCGAGUUCGGCGACAACAUCUCCAUGUCGUCGCGCGGCCGGGACGUGGUGACGCCGGAUCCCAUCAGCAUGCGCGUGCCAGAGGUCGAGAUCCCGCCGCACUCCUUCCUGGACAACUUCAAGUUCUUCAAGGCGCACCACAUGAAGACGCUGAUGUGGAAGAACUUCCUGUGGAUGUGGCGCAACGUGGGCAUCAUGGCGUUCAUCAUCGGCCUGCCACUCGUGCAGAUCAUCCUCUUCUGCUAUGCCAUCGGCAAGGACCCGCGCGACCUCAUGCUUGCCAUCUCCAACAAGGAGCUCUCCGCCCACAACAUCGAGUCGCUGGACUGCCCCAUCAUCUCCGGCUGCAACGACUCGCUGCUCAGCUGUCGCUACAUCAAGUACCUCAACGACCGCCGCUUCAUCGUCAAGAUCUACGGCUCCGACUCCGAGGCCGAGGACUCCGUGCGCCGCGGCAAGGCGUGGGGCGCGCUCAGCUUCCCGUCCAACUUCUCCGAGUCGCUGGUGGAGCGCAUGUCGGACGGCCGCUACGCCCCGGACGAGAUCCUCGACGCCUCCACGGUGUCCGUCACCAUGGACAUGUCAAACCAGCAAAUCGGCCAUAUGAUCUACCGUGACAUUCAGUAUGCAUUUUUCGACUUCAUCCAGGACGUCCUCAAGUCAUGCGACCUGAAUCCCAGCCUCGGACUCGUGCCCAUUAACUUCCACCAGCCCGUGUUCGGCACAAAGGAUCCCGAUUUCACCGACUUUGCCGCACCUGGAGUCAUUCUAACAAUCAUAUUUUUCCUGUCGGUGGCACUCACGUCGGGCGCUAUGCUGAUAGAGCGCAACGAGGGCAUGCUGGAGCGCUACUUGGUGUCCGGCAUCACCGGCGUGGAAAUCCUCUUCUCCCACGUGUCGACGCAGUUCAUCAUCAUGGCCGGCCAGACGCUGCUCGUCAUCCUGUUCGCCUUCACGCUCUUCGACCUCACGCUGAACGGCCAGGUGGGCCUCGUGAUCCUCCUGGUCAUCCUCAAUGGCCUGUGCGGCAUGUGCUUCGGCUUCGUGGUGUCGUGCGCGUGCGACACGGAGCGCACGGCCACGUACAUGGCGCUGGGCAGCUUCCUGCCCAUCGUCAUGCUGUGCGGCAUCAUCUGGCCCAUCGAGGGCAUGACCACGGGCCUCAAGCAGGUGGCCUACCUGCUCCCGCUCACCUAUCCCACGGAGUCGCUGCGCCACAUCCUGCAGAAGGGCUGGGGAAUGGACGAGAUGACAGUCUAUCUGGGCUUCAUCACGGUGCUGGUGUGGAUCUUCGUCUUCCUCACCUUCAGCAUCCUCCUGCUGAAGUUCAAGAAGGGCUGAUCAUCCUCGCGAAUAGCCACUAAAGUGUCUUUUGUAAACUUGCAGCCCCAACUUUGAGGACUCUUGCCUCAACUCCGACUCGUGUGUGUGUGAUUGCGUGCGUGUGUGUGUUUUGCAGCAUCAGCGGAAUUGGACAAUUUGUGCUUAAUUUAUGGAUGAACUAUGAGAAUUUAUGUGGGCGAGGUGAAAGGUCGAAUGUGGGCGAUUAAGGAGACAUUCAACUGGUGAUGUUUGCACCAUUUGUCAUGCAACUUCUUCAAUUAUAUAUAAUGUUUUAAGGACAACUACUGUAACUUAGCUAGACUAUAAACAUUUUCGUAUAUUGUUUCUCUCAGUAGAAAAAAAAAACCACUUUGUUUCAUUUUUCAAACCUUUCUUCAAAAGAAUCCCACACAGUGAGUCUCUCUCUGGGUGGCACACAAAAGCUCCGGCAUUUCCCUUGUGGCGUCCCUAAAACACUCAUAAUUGGCAUAAUUAGACGUGGAAUCUAAUUAAUACCGAGCACACAAGAGCAUGUGUGUAAUUAGUGUAAUUGGAAUUGCGUUUUCAAGUGGGUGAAGAGGUCGAGCGCAUACCAAAUAGCGCCGCGAUACGCGCGCAAAAAGGUGCCCCAAACACACACACACAGAAAUGCGCGCCAUGUCUGCAAGUGAUACUAAUUAAGUGGAAAAAUGCCCGGUGCAGACAUUUUCCCGGAAGAUGUUUCCAUUGUGGACUGGACAAGGGCCCGCGCGCUGAGGAAAUGCCGUGUCCCAUGUUUCGAACUUUUUUCUUUUUUCUACCAGCAAAUUCAAUUAGCACGAAGCCAUUCGCGUGCAGAUACAA